UGGACAGUAGUCAAUGGUGGGAUCAUGGUUCCUGGCAUGGCGAGCCUGCUCCCAUGUCUAUGCAGCCAGUCACAUGGCAACCCUCCAAGGAUGGAGAGCGUCUGAUUGGUCGAAUUCUACUGAACAAGAGGAUGAAGGACGGAAUUGUUCCUGCAGAUACAGGAGCACUGCUGGGACUCAAGGUUGUCGGUGGAAAGAUGACAGAGUCUGGUCGUCUCUGUGCUUUCAUCACUAAGGUGAAGAAAGGUAGUCUGGCUGACACUGUGGGUCACCUGAGACCAGGAGAUCAGGUUCUGGAGUGGAAUGGUCGGGUUCUUCAAGGAGCCACAUUUAAUGAGGUCUACAACAUCAUCCUGGACUCCAAACAAGAACCACAGGUGGAGCUGGUGGUGUGUCGACCAAUAGGAGAUGUUUCCAGAUCAGUAGAGAGUGCCCAUGUCCAGCUGAACUCCAGUUCCAGUUCCUUUGACUCUCAGAAAGUUGGCCCAUCCAUCUCUGUCACAUCUCCAAUGAGCCCCAGUGUUCUGUCUGGACAGGUCUCGACAGUGGACAGGCAACCUCUGGUUCCCCGGAUUCAGGUGAAGCUAUGGUAUGAUAAAGUCGGCCACCAACUGAUUGUCACCGUUCUUGGAGCCAAAGAACUUCCUGCUCGGGAUGACGGCCGACCCCGGAACCCAUACGUCAAGAUCUAUUUCCUGCCAGAUAGAAGUGAUAAGAGUAAGCGGAGGACAAAGACAGUGAAGAAGUCAUUGGAACCUCGGUGGAACCAAACCUUCAUGUACUCUCCGGUCCAUCGACGUGAGUUCAGAGAGCGAAUGCUUGAGCUGACAGUCUGGGACCAGGCUCGAGUCCGAGAGGAGGAGAGCCAGUUCUUGGGAGAGAUCCUGAUAGAGAUGGAGUCGGCUCUGCUCGACGAUCAGCCUCACUGGUACAAACUGCAGCUUCAUGACGUUUCCUCACUGCCACUGCCCAAAGCCUCCCCCUACCUGCAGAGGAGAGGACUGCAGGCUGAGCACACACACAGCAGCAGGAGGCUGCAGAACAAAGGUCAUUACUAUAACUCAGGGUCUCAGAGGAUCAGUGACAGCGAGUUUUCAGAUUAUGACUGUGAAGACGGCAUUGGGGUGAUAUCAGACUACAGACAGAAUGGGCGCGAAUUCCAUAGCUCCACCCUCUCAGUGCCAGAGCAAGUGAUUUCUCCCAAUCACUGCUCCCGUUCCGACAUGGUCAGAAUGAGGUCACGGUCACCGAGCCAGCCGCCUCCUCACAGGUACAGUCGUGGGAUGGACCGGAGAGAUUACUACAGCCGAUCUCGUUCAGCCGACCGACCCAUCUACACACGCUCACACUCAACCGAUCGAUCUGACUCCACACACAUGAGGUCUGGACGGUCUGCUCCCCCCUCACCUGCCCUGAUCAGGGCUAAUGCUGGAGGCGGUUCCACCCUGACAAGCCCAACGGGGACGCCUAUUUGUGGUCGCCGAGGACGCCAGCUACCUGCUGUCCCCCCCAAAGGAGCUCUCGACAGAACUUUGACCAUGACUGCAGCUCCAGCAACAGCAACUAAAGUCCCUCCACAUCAUCACUCCCCUGCCCCUGUCCAUAAACAACACUUUCCCUCUGUCAGUCAACAACCUCCUCUUAUAAGGGUCCAAGCCCCGCCUCCCCCACUCACCCAACCCCAACCCCAGCCACUUCCUGCACCUGUGCUCCCACCUGUAGUUACAGCAGCACCACCACUAUUUUUACCCACACCUGUUCCUGUACCCACAACUGUAUCCACAACUUUACCCACAGCUGUACCCACAACUGUACCCAGAGCUGUACCCACAGCUGUACCCACAGCUUUAUCCACAGCUGUACCCACAGCUGUACCUACAACUGUAUCCACAGCUGUACCCACAACUAUACCUACAACUGCACAAACAACUCCACUGGUAGCUCCACCUCCCCCUGCUCCACCCCCUGCACCUGCUCCAGUUCAGCCUCCACCUCCUGAACCCACCCUACCCCCUCCAACUCCAACACCUUCCCCUUCACCUGCCCCAUCACCAGUCCCACCCCCACAGACUCCAGAGCCGGAUAGGCGCUCAGCAACACCAGGAGGAACCAGAAAAGAGGUCACAUGGGAGGACCAACAGAAGAAAACAGCCAAUGGGGAGAUGUUACCAACCGGCAGAGAAGGUGUACUGAAGGACCUUUCAAAGAUGAAGGACAAUCUCUCCUUUAAGUCAUCAGACAGUGAUGUCAGUGAUGUCUCAGCGAUGUCCAACGCCUCUGACACUCAAUCUGUCCACAAGAUCGGUCUGAUUGAAUGUCUGGAGGGCCAAUCAGCAGAGCUGGGGGUGGGCUCGCAGGGAACAGAGGAAAUAGUGGGGGCAUCAGAAGGCGGGGAUACACUGCAGAAGAGCAACUCAGUGGAAGAAGGGGAGGAGGAGCCUGAGCCUUCAAAGGUGUCUGCAGCUGCCGCUCCUCUCACCAAGUCGUCAAGUGUCGGUGGUGAGAUUUGCUCAUUGGGGAGAAACGAUGAUGACGACGAUGACAAGAAGCGACGCUCAAGCUUCGGUGCAAGGAUGAUGGGGAUGGUUGGACUUGGAAAGAAGAGUCAGAGUGCCUCCCAGCUCAACCCAGAGGAGGAAGAGAAGAAGAAGAAGGUGGUGAGACUUCCCGUUCAGAGAAGUGUAGAAACCGGUUUGGCCAUCGAGUUUAAAGCUCGUUUUACCCGACAGCCGAGUCGAGACCCAGAUGCCGAGGACCCAAAACCUGGAGCGCUUAUAUUUCCAGGAGUAAAACUUGCAUCAGACAAACAGUUCACUGGUUUCCUUGAAGGAUUAGGCCCCGCCCAGCUGGCUGGACGGCAGACAUUGGCCACGCCCCCCAUGGGUGACAUCCAGAUCGGGAUGGUGUACAGGAAGGAGCGUCUGGACGUGGAGGUUAUCCGAGCCCGGGGGCUUGUGGGUAAACAAGGCAACAAGAACACUCCAGCUCCUUAUGUGAAGGUGUAUCUAAUGGAUAAUGGAAAGUGUGUGUUGAAGAGAAGAACUCGUCUGGCAAGGAAAACCCUUGACCCUCUUUAUCAGCAACAGCUGCAGUUUGAAGAAAACCCUGAGGGCAAAGUUCUACAGAUCAUCGUCUGGGGUGACUACGGUCGGAUGGACCAUAAAUCAUUCAUGGGCGCUGCCCAGAUUCUAUUGGAUGAUCUGGACCUGUCCAAUAUGGUAAUUGGCUGGUUCAAACUGUUUCCUGCCACCUCAUUAGUGGAUCCUGCGUUGGCGCCGUUGACCAAUAAGGAGACAGAAGGUGGCAAGUCUUAGCAUCAGGAGGCAUGGCUGAUUGGUCAUAGACACGUUACAGGAUGGGCCCUAAAACAAAGUCUCAGAAUCCUCUGCUGCUGCAUGCUGCAUGAUGACAUCACAGAGAUGACAUGACAAUUCAUGAUGAUGUCACUAGGACGAUGAGGAAGGUGCUAUUCCUGAUCCGCCCAGUGCGGGGGGAGACACUCAACAAAGGAUGCUGGGUAAAGAAAGGAGUGGCCAUGUGACCUCCAGCUGCCAGCUAAUCGCAGGAGCUCCUUGGAAGUCAUACGACUGUUAAAGACACGUCAGGAACCCACAAGAUUGAGUUAUGUGAUAGUAUUCAUGGAGACACAGGAACAUAGAGGGGGCUUCUUUAUGUUUAUGCAUGGAAUGACAAAAACAUUAGAACAUAAACUCCAUCGAAGAAAAACACCACACCAACCAGUAAAAUCAUGAAAACGUGAAAACAAAAGAACAUGAGAACCACAAACAUGACAACAUGUGAGAGCAUGAAAAUAUGUAAGACCAUGCCAGACUGUGAGAACAUGAGAAUGUUGUCUAAAACUUCAAAAUAAAGAUUCUUAAACAAU